UUCCGAACGCGGAAGUUCACUAGGUCAGCAAGGGAAUUGCAUAACAGAUCUUCGAACUGCGCGAAAGGUUUAACAGUUUUAGUAUUCGCCUUGCUUUCAUAAGAUAACUAUAUGAAGCCACUAACAGAGAAAGUAACGAAAUGGCACAACACGACGUCCACAUCAUUCCCCUGUUAUGCGCAAUUUAUGCCGGCGAUGUGAAGGGAGCAAGGAAGCUUAUCAAAGCUGGAGCGACAAUUCUCGAAGAGUACCACAUCGAUGGAAUUCGAUACACUCCUUUACACAUAGCCACAGAGAGAGGAGUGAUAGACACUUGCAAGGACUUGGUUAAUGCUUGGGCCUCGGCAUUUCUUAUUGAUGCAGAUUCAAUCUCGCCUCUUUCUUUGGCAACCAAGAAUACCAGAAACCAAAAUGAGAUUCUUGACUACUUUUUUGGGCUUGGUACAUGUAUCAGUGAAGUCAACAAAGCUGACGAAGACGGUGACCGUCCAUUACACUAUGCUGCUUGUCAUGGAAAUAAACAUGCAGUGGAACAGUUGCUUAAACAUGGUGCGAAUCCCAACGUCAGGAACAGGGUAUCAACCACACCGCUCUGGGAUGCCUGCAAGGUUGGCAAUUUCGACAUAGUAAGAUUAUUGACGCAAUAUGGUGCUAUUUCAAGUCAUGAGGACACACAAGAUUCCUGUUCCGUAGGUGAUGAUUGCGAAGCAUUUCCAAGAUCACCCCUAUAUGACGUUUUAGGGCUCACUCCAUUCCUUCCAGAGGCCCAGAACAUUGUGUAUUACCUUGUUGAUUCUGGUUACGACUUAUCCAAAGAACACUGGAUUCCCAAGGGUAACUUUCCAACAUCUUUACCCCACACUGGCACAUCCCUAACAAGGUGGCUGGUGAGGGAGGCAAGGACCCCAAGGAGCUUGCAGGUUCUUUGCAGGAAAACAAUCAAACAGACAAUUGGAUCAUAUCCAAAGGAAGUAGAAGAACUUCCACUUCCAAGACUUAUCAAGGACUAUAUUUUACACAGGUUUAUAUCAGGUCAGUUUAGAGACAGGUUGUGACAUUGCUUCUAACGUAUGGUCAGUAUUCAGAGACAGUUAGUGUUAUGGUCUCUUAAAACGUAUAGUCAGUAUUCAGAUGCAGGUUGGGACGUUUUGGACAAUGGUCAGAGACAUGUUGUAACGUUGUCACUUACAAGCUAUGGUCAUUAUUCAGAGACCGGUUGUGUCAAUGGCCCUCACAAGCUAUGGUGAUUAUUCAGAGACAUGUUGUGACAUUGUUCCUUGAGACAAUACUAGUAUUCAGUAUUCAGAGAGAGACAGGUUGUGCCGUUGUCCCCUACAGGCUAUGGUGAAUAUCCAGAGACAUGUUGUGACAUUGUCCCUUAUAAGCAAUGUUCAGUAUUCAGAGAGACAGGUUGCGCCAUUGUCCCUUACAAGCUACAGUCAGCAUUCAAAGACAGCUUGUGUCAAUGUCCCUUAUAAGCUAUGGUCAGUAUUCCGAGACAGGUUGUGACAUUGUCCCAACAUCCGCCAUGAUUAAUUAUCUACAGAGUCUAUCCAGCUAUCCAUCUGAUGAAAAGAGGCAUGCUGCUGGUAACAGCAAUUAUAUUCAAAUAAGACAAAAUUUUAAUUUACAUUUUUGAUAUUUAUAAC